AUGAGCCUGCCAAACGUAUUCUUUAUUACUGGAACUUCAACUGGCUUCGGUAGAGAGCUCGUUCUUCAGCUUAAUGCUAGAAAAGAGAAGGUAAUUGCCACAGCCAGAAAUACCGAUAAGAUCAAGGACUUUGAGCAACUUGAGCAUGUCUCAAUCAUGAAGCUCGAUUUGAACAGCAACGAGGAGGAAAUCAUCAGCGUCGUACGUGACGCCCUUAAGAUCCAUGGCCACGUAACCCACCUCGUCAACAACGCUGCAUACUCUGUAGCUGGAUGUGUAGAGGAAGUACCUCUCGCGCAAUCCAAGAAGCAAUUUGACGCUAACUACUGGGGUACAAUUGCCCUUACGAAUGCAUUCCUCCCUCACUUCCGCGGCCGCACAAGUGGCGAGAAGUUCAUCGCCACCAUUUCCUCACUUGUCGGUAUUACAACCAUGCCUUUCGUCAGCUACUACUGCGCUUCCAAGUUUGCUAUCGAGGCUUCAUUCGAGGCACUCAAGCUUGAGACUGCUCACUUGGGCAUUAAAGUGUUGUUGAUCGAACCAGGUUACUUCCGUACUAGCUUCCUUCAAGAGGGUAGCAACAUCCAGCCUCCUCAAAACCCGAUCUCCGACUACGCGCCAAUUAGUGGUGCAAUGGAACGCGUGUUCAAGCAGCAGAAUGGUGCUCAGCUCGGUGAUCCUGCCGUUGGUAGCGAGAGAAUCAUAGAGCUCUUGACCAACACGGGUCUCGUCAAGCAGAUCAGCAACGGCGAGAUCCCUACCAGAGUCGCAUUGGGCUCUGACAGCUACGAAGGCAUCGUCAAGAAGGGCCAAGAUCUUAUCGACAACGCCAACAAGUGGAAGGAGUUUUCACUUUCGACCGACUUCAAAAACUAA